AUGCUGAACAAUACUGCCUUAAUAGAGAAGGUCAUACCAUUGAAGGGUGCCAUGACUAAUGAGGUUUACCAAAUAAGUUGGCCUACGAGGGAUGGUGAUUUUUCCCGAAAUGUUCUGGUCCGGGUUUAUGGCGAAGGAGUUGAAGUUUUCUUUAAUAGGGAUGAUGAAAUUCAGACCUUUGAGUGCAUGUCCAAGCAUGGCCAGGGACCCCGUCUUCUUGGGCGGUUCGCAGAUGGACGGGUUGAAGAGUUCAUUCACGCUAGAACACUAUCAGCUGCUGACCUCCGUGAUCCUGAAAUAUCUGCUAUUAUAGCAGCUAAGCUGAGAGAGUUCCACAAUCUUGAUAUGCCUGGUCCGAAAAAUGUAGUCCUUUGGGAUAGAAUGAGAAACUGGCUUAGUGAGGCUAAAAUUUUGUGUUCAGUCAAAGACACAAAGGAAUUUGGCUUAGAUACUUUAGAGGAGGAAAUUGGUAUGUUAGAGAAGGAACUAUCACGGGACUAUCAUGAGAUUGGGUUCUGUCACAAUGACCUGCAAUAUGGUAACAUAAUGAUGGAUGAAGAGACCAGAUCAUCACUUUAA